AUGGCAAACCACGUCAUAGUCAGUCACAAGACAGCGGAAAGAGCAAAUCAAGAUAUACAAAAUAUGCUUAUGACGUGGAUGGAUGAUGAAAAAUGCAGGCGAUGGUCAGAAGGUGUAAGAUUUGUCCAGUUAAUGGAAAAUAGGACAUACCAUGACGGGAUAAAACAAGCUCCUUAUGCUGCCAUGUUUGGGCAUUAUAUUAAAGUCGGCCUAUCCACAUCAGCGUUUCCAAAAGAAGCCAUUGAAAAUCUACGAACCGAAGAAGAGCUCGAGAAGGUUGUGGAGGAAUUUGGUGUAGGUGAAGAGCUUCAAGAAAAACAAAAUGAAGACCAAUCUACGGACAGUAACCCAGAAACAGAUAACAUGCAAGAAAAUAUUACUGAAGAUGGAAAUGUGAAAUAUAUCAACGAUAAUUAUAGAGAAAACGCUGAUCUGUGA